AUGUCUUCUAAUUUGACAGCUUCAAAUACACUUAAAUCAGAUCAUAAGCAACAAAUUGAAUCAGCAGCAAACAAAUUGCCUCCACCUUCUGCUCUAUUUGACUUUUAUAAUAGCCCUAAAAUGAACGAGCCUGCUUCUCCCAAUCCCAGACAAGUCUAUAUCCUUCCUCCUCCUUCCUCAUUGCCUGGCUUCCAUCUCCCUCCUCCUCCCACUACUGCUGCUCCUAGCAAUAGCAGUAGUAAUGGCAAUAGCAACAUUAGCUACUAUCAGCAACAUCCUCCACAACCUCAUCCUCAUCAAGCCGAAUAUCAUCCCCAAUACUAUUACCCAAGCCCUACGUCUACUAACUCUGGUAUCAAGAGAGAAUCCAGCUAUCCCUCUCCUUCUACCCCUAACAAAAAGAGAACCAAGAAAUCCGCUGCUGCUGCUGCUGCUGCUGCUGCUACGACGGACGACAUUUCAGUUGCCGCCGCUACAUUGGCUUCAUUUGCCUCUUCCAACGAUGAAGAUGAUGAAGAAGAGGCUCGCCUAGAGCAACGACAACAGCCCAGAAAGAAGAGACAAUACAACAAGAAAUACACCUCAAAAGAAGACGCAUUGUCAUCCAAGCAACAGGAAAAUCAAGUAUUGGAGGCAGCAAGAAUUCUGAUGGACAUUUCCAGAUGUGUUGUACGUCAAGUUAGCGUAGCUCAUUAA